UGGCCCCUGGAGCUGCUCUUGGCUGUGCCUGCACGGGCAUUUCUGGGUGGCGUUUUUUUCUUUGAGUCUUUCCAUUAUAUUUUAUGUUAUUUUCAUUUUAUUUUAUUUUUAGGACAGAGAGAAAUUGAGAGGGGGAGGAGAGAGAAACAUUCCCCCGCAGCCCUGCUUCAUGGCUCGUGAAGCUUCCCCCCUGCAUGUGGGGCCCGCGGGCUUGAACCUGGGACCUCAUACGUGCAGAUGUGUGCGCGCCCCCUCUGCCAGGAGCCCCACCACCUGGCCCUGGUCUGUUGAGCCUCCGGCGUGAAGGUCGUUGCGUGACCGCCAUGCUGUUUCCCUGUCUCCUUUGCGCUGUUUCCAUCUGUCCCCGAGGACCUGAGUACCAGGAGCGGAUGCGGGACUUUCUGGACCGGCGAGAGCGGGGCCAGCUGCUCAUCCAGCACAGCCGGUGGCUGCAGGAGAGCCUCCUGACAAAGAUGCAGCUCUCCGUGUCCGAGGACGGUUACGUCCACUUUGGGGACAGCGUGAUGCUGGUGAACCUCGAUGCCCGGGACCAGCAGCCAGGCGAGUGGCUGGCCGGGGACCUGAGCCUGAGUGUGACACCGGACGCCCUGCAGGCCCACCUGGGCGGCCAGCUGGAGCUGCCCUGCGGCCUGAGUGCGGCCCCCACCCGGACCCCACUGGGCAGAAACACCUUCCUGGUGCUCGGCGCAGGCUCGGAGGCGGCUGGCCAGGUCCUGCGCUAUGGCCAGCACUUCUGCCUGGGUACGAGCGGAGGGUUCAAGGACAAGCUGCUGUUCCUGAGCAGUGACCACCGAUCCCUGAACCGCUCGGCCCCGCUGUCCUGGCUGCAGGCCGUGGCCCUGACAGACGAGCGUUCCUUCCUCAGCUGCUGGCAGGCCGCCUGCCCUGACCCGCAGCUGCGCCUGGAGUAUGAGGGCCUGCCCGUCCCGGCCAGCACGUGCCUGCUGCUCACCCACAGCCACACCAACCGUGGGCUGGCUGUGCACCGGCACCUGACGCUGAGGACCUACUUCGGGAGGGAGGCGGAGGUGGCCGCCCACACCCACCUGGACUCACACCGGGUUGAGCAGCCACAGAACCACUGGCUGCUGGUGACAGGUAGCCCCCGACCUGGCCUGGCCACCAUGCUGGAUGUGUCCCCCCCACCCUUGCCCACAGCUGCAGCCCAGGGGCAGUGAGGUCACGGGGACGCUAUGGACAGGAGCACUGAGCUGCCUUCCCUCUCCACCUGCCCUGCUCCUGGCUGAAGACACUCUUCUCGUGCACCCCAUCCUGCAGCUGAGCUGAGGCCAGGUGCUCCUGGGAAUAAAUACACUCCUUCCACAA